UUCUAUAUUGCCCAGGCAGCCCAUAUUCAAACCUAGGCAUUCAGGAGUUGGAGGUAGCCCAAACGUAGUAUGUACCGAUCGAAAUUAUGACUGAACCUGUAGCAUAAAGGGUAUUAUCAAGCGAAGAACAAAUAGAUGGACUAGAUUCUUAUGCGGAGACAGUCCAGGACAGGUCUGAAGAGAGCAAGGACCCAUGUGGUCAGCACGGACAACUGCAUCCAUCUUUUCUGGAGGUGUAGCAAUGAGAUUUGACCGGUGUGAGAACUUCCAGGAUCCUCCAACGACCAGGUUCCUACACGCAUAAUCCUCGUAUAUGCUGAAUUUCCCGAGGAUCCAAGGCUGCGAACCAUGGAUAAGAACCGAAUGCAGUCCGUGGAUGACUGCAACUCAGAUGCCAACCCAAAUUGAACAACGGUCUUCUCGUCAGCCUUCAAUAUCCUGACCAACAGUCUAUCUCUCCCCCUCGCGUCGCCGUCAUUUCCACCAGGGCAAAGGAGCAUUGUGCGCCGGGACUGCAACGGCCAAUCGAUGGCGCUGGCCAGAUUUCAAAAUAAAGUUAACGCUUAAACGUCGGGCGCCUAUUCUUUAUGACAGGCUGAGCAGGGCAACCCAGCUGACCGGAUUCGGCAACACUAUCCGUCUAUUAAGAGCAAUGCAGAACGUUGUCUGUCCAGGACCAGGCUAGUAGAUAGGCAUUGCGGAAGUGAAUCUGCUUCAAUGGAGCGCUGUUCUGGAUAAAGGAGGGCAGAGGCCCCCGUUGACCCGGGCCAAAGACACUGGAAGGGGAAUCCUCCGUGCAGUAACAUCUCAACUGUGGAUUUCGUCGAGGAUCAAGACAAGAUCGAGACAUUCCAGACGGUACGUCACUUUUUGCUGGUCACUGGAUCUCACGUGGUUCUGUUUUCCUCUUCCUCCAUAAACUCUUUUUCUCUUUUCUCUCUUCUCUGUUCCGUCUCACCCUCGCAUCAUAAUCAUCAUCUUCUUCUUCUUCAUCAUAUUAACCACUUUUGCUGGUAUCUCCGUUGUCUUUGUCAUCGGUUCUAUCUUGAUUGCGCUGGACAGUUGCCCCUCCAUCUCCUUGCCCCUCUACUCACUAGAUAUCCCGCGCCCUCCGGCGGCAAACUGCCACCCUUCCUCAUCCUUUCAUUCUUCUUUCAAUUCCACUUCUGUUCAUUCCUCAAUUUCUUCCUUUAAAGCAAGCGCCUUCCUUCUCUCAUGUCCUACGUCUAUAGAGAGCACGAUCGCGAAAGCGAUUGGGAUGAACCUCGUUCCGUCUCCGUUAAGCGCUAUGUCAUUCCCAGGGACCAUUCCCCUGGCCGCGAGUUCGUCUAUCGACACGAAGAUUCUGGCUCCGGGGACAGAGAGCUUGUGAUUCGCCACUCUUCCGAUAGAGAGGACGAGCCCGUCAUGGUGCGCCGCUAUGAGCGCGACGUAGAUUACUACGAUUCACCAUCCGACCGGGACUAUAGGUCCGAGAGGGAUUACUACGAACGUGAGUACUACUAUGAACCCUACGACACUCGUCGUUCCCGGUCGGCUGUCUAUAUCAAUCGACCGGACAAACCUAUCGUUGUUCGCGAUGGCCAGUCGGUAAUUAUUCAUAAAGCUCGAGGGCCGGUCUAUGUCAAUCCGCGAGAAUCUGACUACGAGAUUGUUCGUCGAUCCGAAUUCGACCCGAGGGAUGACGAGCGUUAUCAUCGCCGUCGGGUCCGUGAUCGUGAACUCAGUCCAUACGACUCAGUCUCGCAGAGCAGCCGUCGUCAUGACGACGAAGGCUACAGCAGCGACGAUAGCCUUGUCUAUGUCCGCAAAACUAAGGAGUACGAUGACCGCCAUCAUCAUGGACGACAUCUUAUGUCUGGCGCUCUCAUCGGUAUUGGUGCCGCGGAACUCCUCCGAAAUCACCACAAGAAAGAAGGAGAGCACGUGUCCCACGGUAUUGGCCGUAUUGGUCGGGAUAUAGGUGCCGGUGCCCUAGGUGCUGUGGCUGCGAAUGCAAUAGAGCAUCAUCGUAGCAAGAGCCGACAUCGACGUCGUUCCUACUCACUUGACGAUGAUAUAUCAUCCUUUAGCGGCCACCGUCACAAGAGUCGUGCUCGCUCCCGCUCUCAUUCUCGGUCCAAGACCUUGACGGAACUUGGCUUGGGAGCUGCCGCCGUCGCAGGCGCCAUGGCGCUAGCCCGAAGCAAGUCGCAUAGUGGACGAGGACGCAGCCGCUCGCGUCACCACCAUCACUCCAGUUCAAACCGCCACGGUGGCAGCGUGGAUGAUGCUCGCAGCCGAUCUCAUCGGAGAAAGCGUGCGGCAGAAGCUGGCCUAGCCGGAGCUGCAGUAGCUGGUCUUGUAGAAAAGGCUCGAAGUCGAUCCCGGUCCCGCCACGGUCACCGGUCUCGGUCUCGCAGUACUCUGCAGAAGGCUCUUCCGAUUAUUGCAGCGGGCGUGGGCUCUGCUGCUGUGGCAUCAUACUAUGAGAAGAACAAGGGAAAGAAGUUGGAGCGAGAAGAGCGCAGCAGGAGACGAUCAAGGCCCGAGUCCGAGUCUAGAUCACGAAGUCGUCCGAGGUCAGUGUGCAAUUCUGAUCGCUCGUCGCCUCGGGACACCGCUGGCCUAAUCGAGUACGGGGAACAUCCUGUCUCCGGCCGCAUUCCUGCCGAGGAUUACUUCGGUCGGCCAUCGAGCCCGCAUGAGUACUAUUCUGACUCUGUUGUUCCCCUCAGUCCGGGAUAUCGUGCUUCGAGACCUCGCAGUCGCAGUCGCACCCGGAGCCGCAGCCGCAGCCGUGCUCGCCGGAAUAGCCGUAGCUUAUCCUCGGACUCAGAUGAUCACAGAAGAAGCCGUCAUCAGAGACAUAGCCGCCCCCGCUAUCUAGAAGAGGCUGCAGCUGUCGCUGCUGGUGCUGCUGGUCUAGGAUAUGCAGCGCAUGAGUAUGCUGGGCAUAAGGAGCACAAGAAGGCCGAAAAAGAGAGACAAGAGCGCGAGUACAGGCGCCGCGGUUCAUUCGAGGAGCCCUAUGAGUCUGUGCCUUCGCAUGCACCCUAUCCUCCGCCUGAAGCCUCCGCGCUGCCGCAGGUACCGCAGGGACAGCCGGCGGACGACAGUCGUAAUUACUAUUCCCGCCCUCCUCCAUCGGGUUACGUGCCGCCGCCUGCGGCCCCCAAUGCGCCAUAUCCUGCGGAUUACCCUCCACCACCUGUUGCUGCCCCCCCGCCGCAGCCUUAUGGUUAUCCUAGACCUCCUCCAGGGGCAGAUCUAUACGCAUCCCGGCCACGUUCGGCCGACGAUAUGGUGAGUCCCGUGCAGAGCGUUGCUACCCCAUCCCCCGAUCAGGACCACGCACGUGAUGGUCUAGGAGGGCAGUCGUCACCACGCACUUCUGUUGAACAUAGACGAUCUCAUCUCGAGGUGCGCGAGGAGAAACGGGGACCCGAACCGAACGGUCAGUCCCUGCAAUCUAAGUCCGUUUCUUUUGACCUUACCCCGGAAUAUAGCCCAGGGGACCCGGGCUAUGAGACAGAUGAUAGCGAGUCUACGAUUAGCACAGACAGUCACCAUAGCCAUAAUGAUGAUGAUCAUCAUCAUCACACGCAUCAUCAUGGGCAGCAUCAUUCCUCUUCUUUGCCUCGUCCCCCCUCGACAUCGAAACAUGGCACCACUACGGGUGGUGGUAGUAGUAGCCAUGGUUAUUCUAAUAACCAGCAUUCAGAAAAUCAUCAUUUUUAUGGAGAUAAGGGAUCUGUGUCUGAAUCUGAUUCGACGAUUGACUUACCCGAUCGAUUUGAUUCCCAGGGACGACUCUUACCGCAACGUGAGGAUGAUCCGCUUGCGGGCCAUUUCAAGGAUCUUUUGAGAGGCAUCAGUCAUGUAUUGUUUUAAAACGAAGCUCUUACGUCCCGUAUAUGUUUUCCCUGAUCCGUUUUGUUGUAAUUUUUGUCUUCUCUUUUUGACGAUGAUGAGUGGAUGACUGAUAUCGAUUAUGAUGUUAUGAUACGAUGUGAUUACUACGUGUUUUAGAUGGAUGCUUUACAUGAUCUCUAACGAAUAUCUAAUAACGAUAGAUCGACUUGAUUU